GGAGGAAAGAUGUUCACUCUGCUGACCCGCCAACCCUGUGAGCAAGCAGGCCUCAAGGCCCUCUCCCGAACCCCAGCCAUCAUCGCCUUGGUGGUCUUGAUUUUGAGUGUUGUGGUGCUUGUGACCAUCACACUCAUCCAGUUUCACCAGAAAGAGGUCCUCCUUCCAGGACUGAAGUACGGAAUCGUGCUCGAUGCCGGGUCUUCCAGAACCACCGUCUACGUCUAUCAGUGGCCAGCGGAGAAGGAGAAUGAUACCGGAGUGGUCAGUCAAACCUUCAAGUGUAGUGUGAAAGGCUCUGGGAUCUCCAGCUAUGGGAAAAACCCCCAAGAUGUGCCCAAAGCCUUUGAGGAUUGCAUGCAAAAAGUCCAGGGGCAGAUUCCAGCCCACCUCCAUAGAUCCACCCGCAUUUACCUGGGGGCCACGGCGGGGAUGCGCUUGCUGAGGUUACAGAAUGAAACAGCAGCUAAUGAAGUCCUUGCCAGCAUCCAAAACUACUUCAAGUCCCAGCCCUUUGAUUUUAGGGGUGCUCAAAUCAUUUCUGGGCAAGAGGAAGGGAUAUAUGGAUGGAUUACAGCCAACUAUUUAAUGGGAAAUUUCCUGGAGGAUUCUCCCACCAAAACCAGUCUCAUCAACCCCUGCUACCCUCGGAAUUAUCUCACCACCUUCACCGGGGGCUACAUAUUUGACAGCCUGUGCACAGCAGACCUGAGGCCUGUCAGUUACAACCCUGACGACAUCAUCACUGUUGGAGGAACCGGGGACCCAUCGCUGUGUAGGGAAAAGGUGGCUUCCCUGUUUGACUUCACAGCUUGCCGUGACCAAGAAGCCUGUUCCUUUGAUGGGGUCUAUCAGCCAAAAGUUAAAGGGACAUUUGUGGCAUUUGCAGGGUUCUACUACACAGCCAGCGCUUUCAAUCUCUCAGGGAGCUUCUCCCUCAGUGCCUUCAACUCAAGCAGCUGGGAUUUCUGCUCAGAGAGCUGGAGCCAGCUCCCGCUGCUGCUGCCCAGGUUUGACGAGGUGUAUGCCCGCUCCUACUGCUUCUCCGCCCACUAUAUCUACCACUUGCUGGUGAAUGGAUACAGAUUCACCGAGGAGACCUGGCCCCAAAUAUAUUUUAAAAAAGAAGUGGGGAACAGCAGCAUAGCCUGGUCUUUGGGCUACAUGCUUAGCCUGACCAACCAGAUCCCAGCCGAAAGCCCCCUGAUCCGCCUGCCCAUGGACCCACCUGCCUUUGUGGGCACCCUCGCCUUCUUCACGGCAGUGGCCUUGCUGUGUCUGGCGUUCCUCGUGUACCUGUGCGCUUUAUCCGGGAAGCAGAGGCGCUCCCAGCAUGCCUUCGACCACACAGUGGAUUCUGAGUGAGCCUCUUGAAGCAGCUCCUGGAGCCUGAGGGCUGCCCGGAACCAGCCUGGGUAGCAACAGACAACGCGGGCGAAAUGUCCAUCUUUGGGAAAUGCGACUAAAGCCAAAUACCUAGGUUACGUGCCUCUCCGAUAACUAAUUUAUGCCAAAGCACCUCUUGGGGAGUCUCUCAACUGUUUAUUCCUCCAGAGACCCUACCACGCACUUGUUGACCUACUGGGGAACAGAGGAGAGACAGGCCAUCAAAGUCAGGCUCUUUAUUCCAAGUGCCCUAGAGGAACAGUGAAUUGAGACUAUGACAGUUUAAUGUUGAAGAAUUGACCUCGGGGCUCAGUUUGCAUUUCUCCUUCCACAGAAACGCCAUAUUCCUCCCGGCAAGUUUGGAAGCUGGCAGGCACCCAUGAAGCAUUUGACACAGAUAUGUCGCUUUAUGGUUUCCUCCCGUUGAUUCUUAACCAAAAUUUAGCAAUCCCAUAAGCAUUAAGCUCCCUCAGUCUACUAGCAUAAUAGCAUCUGGGGGAGAAGACUCCAUUCCCCCGAGGACAGUGGCCAUGGCCAGGCCCUGUCAUUCAGGCGGAACCCAAAGGACAGAGACGCACAGCAAGUCUCCCAGGAUACUGCAGUGGGAGUCCCAUUCAGGGCUCCGGUUGGUAGACUGCAGCCUGUGUGUGUCUUCAUUCUCACCUCCCCUUCACGUUGCUGUGUCCUCCUAUAAAACAUUUACUCCUAGCAAGGCUACCAUGUUCCAGAUCUUUUUGCCUUUGCUAGGCUUUCGCUUCGGGCUGUUUUCUCAUUGGGUCAUGGUGUAUAUGCUACAAUAUGCCAUUCCGGCACGGGUACUUGCCACUGUCCCAAGAUCCCCUUGCUUACCGCCUUCCUAGAUGGCAGGCCUCUGUGCGAUAGCAUCAUCCUUCUUCACUUUGGGGAAAGAAGAGGAGACUGCAGGGACAUCUCCUUCUGAUAGAGGAUGAGAAAGAAUCCAGCAAGUGGCUACAAACUGAAAAUCAACGUUAUUCCAGAUUGUUGUUUGUUAGCUGCAUGUGGAAUAAAGGACUCUUUA